AAUCUUUUGACAGUUAUUCGUAUUUGCAAUCUCCUGAAUUCCAUUAAUCUGCAGGAUAUUACCAUUGUGAAGACAAUGAAAUCCCCACCUGCCGGUGUUCGUCUCGUCAUGGAGGCCGUGUGUGUGCUGAAAGGCAUAAAGGCGGAUCGUAUCAACGACCCUUCAGGGUCUGGCAAGAAAAUCGAGGAUUUCUGGGGUCCCUCAAAGAAGCUACUUGGUGACAUGAAGUUUCUGGAGAAUCUUAAGGCCUACGACAAAGACAACAUUCCAUCAGCUAUCAUGAAAACUAUCCGCGACAAGUACAUUCCGAAUCCCGACUUCAAGCCUGAACGUGUUGCGUUGGCCAGCACAGCCUGUGAAGGUCUUUGCAAAUGGGUAAUUGCCAUGGACCAAUACGACCGUGUGGCCAAAGUAGUAGCGCCGAAAAAAGAGGCCUUGGCCAUUGCGAUGGGCGAAUACAACGCGGCCAUGUCGCAACUUGAGAAAAAGCGGGCUGCUCUGAGAGAAGUUCAAGCCAGACUGCAGGUGUUGACUGAGGAGCUGGAGACAAAUAAGCGCCGUAAGAUCGAGCUCGAAAAUAAAGUCGAUCUCUGCUCAAAGAAGUUGGAACGAGCCGAGCAACUUAUCGGAGGCUUGGGCGGUGAAAAAGAGCGCUGGACAGAAGCAGCGCACAGUUUAGGAAUUCGCUACAACCACUUAACAGGCGACGUACUCCUCUCCAGCGGUGUGGUUGCCUACCUGGGGGCCUUUACUUCAGCCUACAGGCAGGAACAGAUCCGUUGCUGGCUGGAAACUAUGAAAAACAGCAAUCUUGCCUGCUCGACAAACUUCAGCCUCGUCGCGACGCUAGGCAACCCGGUUGAGAUUCGGGCCUGGAAUAUCGCU